AUUUGCGGUGUUAUGAAACCUAGUAUUUGAGAAGAGGACUUUUGAGGAGUGAAGGUGUCGGUUCUCUGUUUCGGGAAUUAAUACAUGACUCACAUUGAAGAUGUUAGGUAAGUCCCUUGGCGUUGAGCAGCAGGCAUGCAUACGUGUGCUUUGUGCAUGAGAAAGUUGUUGAGAGUUUCAUAGUGAUUGUAGCUCAUUAUCUGCUAGACCUAAAUGAUAAACAUGAAGCCUAUAAUAACGCCAUUAACGCAAUGCUAGUUUUGAUUUGUCUCCUUUUUUUGCGCGUGCAUGUAAAUAAUUAGAUGGAGGACAAAGCAUCUUUCUGUGAAGCUUAUAGUACCAAGAUUUGAAAUAUCAACAACAAAAAAUAGUGCAUGUAUAGGUCAUUCUCUCAAAAUACGCUAGUGUUAUUUAAUCAUAUACUAAUAAUAAACUUUCAUUUUAGGAUAAUUAACCAACAUAUAAAUCGUAACAGAUAAUAUAAUCUACAUCAUUAUUACGUUUUCCAACUUUAUUCUCCUGGUGAAGUGUUUCCCCUUGUUUCAAUCAGAGAAAUAAUCCCCUUUUCAUCAUAAUUUUUUAUCUUUUCUCUUGGUGGUGUUUUGGGGUUAUUCAGAUGACGAGGAGGAGGGAAACUCAAAACCAUGAUGAUUUUUCUCAGAGAAAUUAAUAAUGGUGAGAGAUAAUAGGAACAUAAUAAGGCCUGCUGUCCUGAAAAUUGGGGUUGUUUUGGCUAUAUCUAUUGGUGGAAUUAUCUAUACCAUUUUCAGAACCAAAAGAAUCAAGCCCUCCAAAUCCAAUACAUCUUCCCCUCCAUACACAACAGGUGGUGAAAAUGGUGAGCUCACAAAUGAUGAUCAGGCCUCCCAUGCAACUCAUUCACCUUCCUCCCGAAAAUCAGUUUCUACCGCUUCAGAGAAACACGAGGACCUCCACAUCUCUAAACACAUUAUUGAGCAUUCUACAGGUGUUCCAUCUAGCAGUGGUGUAUUCAACACAGAGAGAGAUGGAUUUUACCUGCCAGAAUUUAAUGAACUUGUUAAGGAACUUACUUUAUCUACCUCAAAGAGAGACAUCGAAACAGUGACACAGUAUGAAGAUUCACCAAGGGAAUAUAGAAUUGUUGAAAUGGUUAACCAUGAUCAGCAAGAGAUUAAGAGCCUGAAAAACAUUGUUAAAACUCUCGAAGAGAGGGAGAGGACUCUAGAAAUCCAAUUGCUCGAGUAUUAUGGUCUUAAGGAGCAAGAAACUGCUAUCAUGGAGCUUCAAAAUCAACUAAAAAUAAACAAUGUGGAGGCCAAGCUUUUCGGUCUCAAGAUUGAGUCAUUAACGGCAGAUAAGAUGAGGUUAGAGGCUAAAGUGGCCGAUUAUGCAAAAGUUCUUUCUGAGCUCGAAGCUGCAAAAGUCAAGAUAAAGCAACUCAAAAAAAAGAUAAGAUCAGAAGGUGAUCACAAUAAAGAACAUAUUUUAGUCCUUCAAGAAAAAGUUAUGAAGUUGCAUGACCAGGAAAAGAAGACCGUUGAAGCUGAGUCCGAUUUUCAGUCAAAGCUCUGGAAACUCAAGGAUUUGGAGAAUCAAGCUGAUGAGUUGAAGAAAUCUAACCAAAGUUUAAAAAAAGAAAAUUCAGAACUGGCUCAUAGACUGGAAUCUGUUCAGAUCAUUGCUGCUUCCAUCUUGGAGAAUGAAGAAACAGAAGCACUGAAGGAGGAAACUCUACAGUUGAGGAAGCAAAAUGAAGAUUUAGCAAAGGAAGUUGAGCGGCUUAAAGCAGAUCGCUGCAAUGAUGCUGAGGAACUAGUCUAUCUCCGAUGGAUAAAUGCUUGCUUGCGAUAUGAGAUGAGGAACUAUCAGCCAGUCACAGGCAAGACAAUUGCAAGAGACCUCAGCAAAACAUUGAGCCCUAAGUCAGAGGAGAAAGCCAAGCAACUAAUUCUUGAAUAUGCAAAUAAAGAAGAAAGUCCGGGGGAAAGGGAGAUCAAUGUUAGUGAUCUGGAUUCCGAAUGGUCCUCCUCCCGAACAUCCUUUCUUACAGAUUCCGUUGAAUUUGAUGACACUUCUACUGAAAACUCAUCACCCCGUAAGACUCAGAGUUCGAGCAAAAAGAAGGUGUUUAGUAAGCUUAUGAGACUAGUACGUGGAAAGGGCCGCCAUCUUAGUCGGAGUUCUUCUAUGGAUAUGGUGAACACUUUAGAAGAUAAUGUAGCAAGACAUUCUAGUUAUUCUCCAGGCUACAGUUCUGGUUUAGAUGGGCUCAACAGCAGGUCAAGAGCGUCCUCACAGGGUUCAUCCAAACAAUUUCUGGACUUACAUUCUGUGUCUCAAGGUUCAAGGAGCGGCAAAUUAGGAGAAAACAACAACUCUCUGAUGAAUAAUAGGCAAAAUAGUGAUGGGGGUUCGUCGUCAGGUUCAGGAAAAUUGGAUUAUAUAUCAAGUCGUCUAACCAAUUCACCUCAAGAAAACAAAACUAAAGAUGAUCCAGAGAAAACCGAGUUGGUGAAAUAUGCAGAAGUGUUAAAAGGGUCCCAUUCUAAAACUGGAUUUUGCAGGAGAUCAGCAUCUGUUAGUUCCUUCUAACAUUUGUGUAAAUAAUGUUAUGCUCAAACAGUCGCUUUUUGCCUUCUGUGUUUCUCCAACGUUAUUAACCCUCUGUAUGAUCUGAGGUAAGCUAAUGUCUACAAGUUGCACGUAUGAUUUAAUUUAUGAUCAGA